GUCUCACGGUACCGUAAUGUCAUAUAUCGAUAAUAAUAUCGAUAUAUGACCGCUUCAAGUCAAACACACCUUUUUUAUUAUUAUUAUUUAUUAUUUGUAUUUUUUUAACUUUUAUUUUGAAACGUGUUACUUCCGUGUUGUGAUUCGUAUAAAUGCUAACAUGUCUAACAGAUGUCUUGUGUUCUGUGUUUUACUAGCAGGAUUUUGCUUAAUUUCAUGGAAACACUCGUUGAUUGGUGUUAACGAUGCGCUGAAGUUGGCAGGACGUGGGUUCAUAUUCCUGGGCAUUUGCACAUGGCUGACUUGCGUGUUGCAGAGGCUGAAAUAUUUCUUCUUUCCAGUGCAUCAAGAGCUCCCAGACAGCCCCCUGCAUGAAUCUAACAGACAGAGAGAAGAGCAAGUUAGAAGAGUUCAACAACAUCAACACAAUGACAAGAUAUCUGACUAUGCCGAAAGUGUGAUAAAGCCGAGGCAGGCCUCGUUACUACAGCAAAGAAUGGAAAAAUACUAUCGAAUCAAAGGAGAGACUUGGAAACUGAGCCAGGGUUUUCCUGUUGGGGAAGAGGACCAGAUGUGUGGUGAUGCUGAUGUAGAUGAGAAUCCUAAUCAGGGAGCCAGAAGGAGACGCAAGCCUCUUCAGACUGUUACCCAAGAUCCUGACCAACAGGAAGUGCCCAAGCAGAAGGAGGUCAAAAAGGUCAUAGUUUUGCCUGAUGAGCCAUCAGCAGAUACUGAGGGGGUUGUAAAACUAGCUCUAAGAUGUCCAAGUGGAAGAACGAUCUACAGGAGAUUCCUUAAAACCCAGAGUUCUCUGCUGCUUCUUCACUGGAUGAUGAAGGCAGGAUACCGUCCUUCUCUCUACACACUGUGUACAUCCUACCCCAGGACAGAGCUGAUCACCGCUGCAGACCUGAGCCUGGAGGAGGCUGGCAUUCUCACCAACAUAGUGCUUAAUGUGGAGGAAAAAGAGCUGUACAUUACCUAAGAGCACUUAUGUUUCUGAAGGGCUUUUAUUGGACUGAAUGGAGCUGGUUAUAGAUAUCAAUAUCAAUGCACCAGUUGACAGGACUUUAUGUGGCAUAAUUGGGAUACAUUUAAGUUCAAAUGCUUUUCAUAUGCUUUUCAAGACUUGAGAAUCAACCUUUUCAAUGUUUAAAAAUGAAAGACAGUACACUAGUGUUGGGGGUUUAAUUUAGGGGUUGGUUUAGGGUUAUUGCAUGUAAUUAUGCAUAAUUCUAUAGUAAUAACAUGUAACAAGGACACCUUAAAAUAAAGUGUUACCCAAAAUAAGUAGAAUCUCUUACUGAGGAAAAAAUGUGAGGUUAAAUUACAGUUACCUAUGAAAAUGUUAAUGAGGGGGUUACAUUUGAAUAUUUAUUCACAAACUUGCAGAUAAAGAUUUAAUUGAUUUCUAUCCCAAUCUGUAUUGACUGCUCUAAAAUAUGAGGCACCAAUGUUUAAGGAAUUAAGGGCACAGGAUAGAACACAUGCCAAUUGGGAAGAAUUGUCAAAAGUAAAAAAAAAAAGAUUUACUGACCAAACUAAAUUUAUUUAGUAAUUUUGAUUUUGAUGGCUGCAACGCACUCAAUAAAGUUGAGUAAGAGGUGUGUUUAACACUCACAUGAGCGUUCCUUUUAACUAUUGUUUGGGAAUUAAGGAUACUAAAUGUUCAUUUUGCAAGCAAGAUCUCUGUCCAAUCUUGCUUAAAACAAGACUUUAGAAGCUUAGCAGUUUGUGAUUAUCAUCGUCUGAUUCUCCUUUUCAUGACUGGUCAUUCAAAUUUUCAAUACCAAUCACUGUUAUUUCUAUAGCACUUUUAACAAUGCAGAUUGUGUCAAAGCGCUGAUGACGAUAUUGACGAUAAUCACUAGAAAUUAAGUGUUCCCAACUAAGCAACCUAAGCAUAGGUGUAGCAAAGGUCAAAAAUUAGCUGCAGCUUGAAAACAAACCACACCAUACUGGUUUCUUCUGGUCCCCAAUGCAGUUUUGGUUCCUUGCCACUGUCGCCUUUUAACUUAGUUGGGGACACUUAGUAUCUUAGCAUCAUCACCUUGAUUGUACCGACACUAAUGGGCGGGACCUGAACUGAGGUAAACUAGACAAUGACAUCACUGUUCUACAUAGGUGCUUUUUAGUUUUUUAUUAUAAUUACACAUACAUUUUGGACUGUCUGUGAACAAAGAACCUCACAAAGAAGAACAAAAGUCAGAAUACUAAUUUACCAGAAGACUGGGUUUACUAGUCAAACCUUAAUCAGUCAAAUUAUGAUACAAAAAUGUAAACAAUGUCAUGUCUACUAAUGUCCUGUUUCAACUUCAAUAUAGACAACUUCAAAGAAAAGCACAAAUACUGUGUAGUUUGCGAUUAAAAGUAGUUUAUUAGUUCAAAUACAGCAAAGAAGAGGCUAUCACUUUUUGACAAAUACACUGAAAACAGGUAACACAAAAGUAAAUAAAAUAGUAAGAUUAGACAAAGAGGGACAGUCAGAUAAAGUCCAUAUACACUUGUGUACACUCCCAGAAUGGAAGAGGCACGUCCUUCGGUUUCAACAUUCCUUUCCAAUAGGACUUUUUUUUGGUGAAUAUAAGGAAAGGAUGUCAGCUUGUGCACUUGUAUAAAAUGUUACCAUUUUUCACAUGCCUGGCAUUGCCAACUUAAAGGACUUUUCCUAUCCAGUGAUACUGUGAGAGAGAAAGCUAGCCACAUCUGCUUUUUUUUUUUUUUUUUUUUUUUUUUUUUUUUUUU